AUGGUGAGUAGCCGUCAGAGGUUGGCGAGUCUUGUUCUUUCUGUGAUUCCUCCCGGGCAUUUUCUAUAGUCUGUUGUUAUUUUGUUUAUUAUUGUUAACGGAAAAAUCCGAGGGCUCCCUUGGACAAAAACAAAGACACCAACCAGGAUUCCUUGGAGCAAAUCAGCAGCCUGUAGGCUUGGCCUUUAUUGAUCUGUUGCAGCAGGGUGCUCCCCUCACCUGCAGGAGAGAGGAAGGACACAGAAAAAUGGUGUGCAAGGCCUUAUAAAGACUUUUGAAAUUGCCACCCUGUAGAUCAAGACCACCCCCAGAAACAUCAUACAUACAUCACAGAAGGGGCGUAACCUAAGACCACCCCUCAGAUACAUCAUACCUACAUCACAGAAAAGGUGGUCUAAAACAGAAAUUUGAAUGUUGUUUAUCUCCUGUCUGGCAGGUUACUUGAUUGGAUUGCCUGGGGAGCCCGCCAUUCUUUUGUAGUGAUAAAUACUUAGUUCCUGGGCCAGGUCACAGGCUCACACCCUAUUCAAACACAGACAUACCCUUAAGACAGGAUUGGUGAAGGAAAAGACAAUGGGGAGGCUUUUCCAGUUUGACCUUGCAGAGAAAACAUUUGCUCAGUUUAGGACUUAAAAUGGUUCCAGGUCGGCCUUCCUGUGCUGAUCUAUGUAUGUGCUUGGUUGGUACGCUUAUGAACAUUACCAUAUAUCUAAGACCAUAAAAUUCCUAUCACAUUAUUUACUGUGCUUAUUGAUUUAACAGAAUAUGGAGGUUGCUUAAGUGUAAAUAGGAGUUUCUGUUCACAAAGAGCAGAAAUUUGUCGAGAAAAGUCCAAAGUUAAAAGCAAGUUUUUUUUCUUUUAAAAAAAAAUCAAAAUAUAAACAAAACCAAGAGAUCCAAAAUACAUAAUAGAACUGAAAACUACAUGUCAACUGAGCAGAGGAAAAAAUUUAGCAGGCUCCAGAAAGAGCGUAGGAGAGGCACCUACUUAAAUGUCAAUGGCCAGAGAGUUGCCGAAUGUAGGAACUGCCUCACUAAAAGAUGGGUUCCUGUUUUCUCAACAGCACGGCAGGCUGAAGGUUAAAACGACCGAGGAGCAGGCGGAAGCCAAGCGCAUUGAGCGGGAGAAGAAGCUGCGCCAAUACGUGACAGCCACAAAAGCCAUCUUUGAGAAGGUAAAAAGGGUGGUCAGAGUCGUAGGGGCAGAGAAGGCGAGGCAGGUGUGCAAAGACCUUCUCUCCAUUCUCCGUCCUCAGACAAAGGCAGCCUUCACCCUGUCAUGAAUCUUAAAUAUUUUUUUUAUUGAUCAAUUUCCACAAAACAAAUUAUCAAACCAUAUAAUCAAAUACAUUGUUUUUCUCCCCCACCAAGGACUUCCCUCAGCUCCUCUCCCUGAUUUCUCUUCACAUAUUUUCUCUGCAUGUUAUAAAAUUGUGCAUAUCCUUACAUAUCUAUCCAUCAUGUUCUCAACCAAUACAUUUGUGUCUGUUUAUUCAGAACCUGCCAGGGAGUCCAGUUCAUUUUGUUGUCUUUUUAGAUACAGUGGUACCUCGGGUUAAGUACUUAAUUCGUCCCGGAGGUCCGUACUUAACCUGAAACUGUUCUUAACCUGAAGCACUAUUUCUAGGUUAGCGGAGUGUGUAACCUGAAGCGUGUGUAACCUGAAGCAUAUGUAACCCGAGGUACCACUGUAGUUUGUAAAAAGUUCCUGUUCCUCCUUAAAGUCACAGUUGUCCUUGUCUCGCAAUUUGUAAGUCACUUUGGCCAGUCCUGCAUAAUUCGUCAAUUUCUCUUGCCGCUGCUCUUUUGUCGGGGUUUCUUCAUUCUUCCAUCCUUGCACUAUCAAGACUCUUGCCACUCACCCUGUCAUGGAUCAGUUCCACAAAGGCACCACCAGCAGGAGGGCAACCAAGAUGAUCAAGGGUCUGGAAACCAAACCUGAUGAGGAACGGUUGAGGGAGUUGGGUAUGUUUAGCCUGGAAAAGAGGAGACUGAGAGGAGAUAUGGUCGCCAUCUCAGGGGUUUUAUCACCUGGAGGAUGGAGUAAGCUUGUCUUCUCCUGCUCUGGAGGGUAAGAGCUGAAUCAGUGGAUUAAAAUGACAAGAAAGGGGAUUUUGACUAAACAAAAGAAAAAUUUUCCGAGGGUAAGAGCUGUUGAACAGUGGAAGGUGGUGGACCUUCAGAUGGAGGUUUUUAAGCAGAGGUUGGAUGGCCAACGGCCAUGGAUGCUUUAGUUGGGAUUCCUGCAUUGCAGGGGGCUAUAAACAAACAUCAAUUCACCCUUAUGGAAUACAGGUAGCACCUUGGUUCUCGAACUUAAUCCGUUCAGGGAGUCCGUUCGACUCCCGAAACCAUUCGAAAACCAAGGCGCAGCUUCCGAUCAGCUGCAGGAGUAAGAUAAAAGAAGCUAAUCUCAAUAAAAUACAGUGGUACCUCGGGUUACAUACGCUUCAGGUUACAGACUCCACUAACCCAGAAAUAGUGCUUCAGGUUAAGAACUUUGCUUCAGGAUGAGAACAGAAAUCAUGCUCCGGCAGUGUGGCAGCAGCAGGAGGCCCCAUUAGCUAAAGUGGUGCUUCAGGUUAAGAACAGUUUCAGGUUAAGUAUACGGAGCUCUGGAACGAAUUAAGUACUUAACCCGAGGUACCACUGUAAUUCAUUCCGGAGGUCCGUACUUAACCUGAAACUGUUCUUAACCUGAAGCACCACUUUAGUUAAUGGGGCCUCCCGCUGCUGCUGCGCCACCACCCCGCGAUUUCUGUUCUCAUCCUGAAGCAAAGUUCUUAACCCGAGGUAAUAUUUCUGGGUUAGCGGAGGCUGUAACCUGAAGCGUAUGUAACCCGAGGUACCACUGUAAAUAAAACAGAGAGAGAAAUAGAAAGGAAACGCCACAGGAAAAAAAAACCCCAAUCGAAGGGUGAUAUUCUUAAUCGCCUGCAUAGGCCAGGCAGAAUAGAAAAGUUUUCAGCCAGUGUAGGAAUAACGGAGAUGACAGGAGGUUGGAUGCAGGUGAGUUGUGAAGAAGCACGCUGGCGAGCAUUCUCCAAGCAAGCUGCCGGCUAGCUCUGCUGAGGCUUCUUUUAUUGGCAGAAGUCAACAAUUGGAAACUAGUGAAACCACCCUGAACUUAACCUAUUUCCAUCUAAUCACAUUUCCAGCAUUAGCAAAUAUACGUGUCAGCAGGUAUUUCCCUCAGAUGUUCCCCCAACACUUGAUUAUGUCUGUGUGUCCCCCGUCAUGCUCCAGCCAAGCGAUAUGUCUAACAAACAAAUUGUGAAAGGACCAAAGGUCGGGGGGGGGGGAAUGGAAGCAAGAAGAGUUACCGUUGAUUGAAGAAUGGAGGACGAAGUUAAUGAACUAUGCAGAAUUAGAUAAACUAACAGGAAGGAUUCGAAACCGGCGAGACCAGAAAUUCACGGAAGACUGGAGUAAAUUUACAGACUAUUUGGAAAGUAUUUGUGAAGAUCAGACGACUUUUGUAGGUUUGCAAGAAGUUUUGUGAGGAGUAUUAUUGGAAGUAUUGCAAAAAUGGAGAAGGGGGAGGAUGAUUUGUUAAGAGAUGUAAAGGCAAUAUAAAGUUCAGAAAUGCAUAAGAAGUGGUGAAAACGGUGGAUCAUCAGAGGUGCUGAUGGAAGUCCAAAAUGAUUGUAUAAGUGAUAAGCUUUGUGGUACAUUUUAUAAUUUAUAUAUUAAAAUUAAUAAAAAAUAUGAUUAAAAAAAAAAAGGUCAGGGAAAGCAAUGCUCCUUGACAUACUGUUGCACAUCUGGUGUGAGGUUUGCCUUCGCAAAGCGGAGUGUUACCUCCACAAGUCGGCGGUGAAAAGUUGGCGUAGAAGGCAGCUGCUGAAUUUGGGUGAAUGACACUAAAUAAAAACUCCUUUUCCCAUUGUUGGACUCCAGCUUUGACAAGCACACGUGUGUGUUCUCUCUCUCCUCCUUCAGAGGAAAUUGGGGCAGCUGGACAAGGAAGCCUUGGAGUUGACCAGCCAAAUCUUGGGUGCCAACCCAGACUUUGCCACCCUCUGGAACUUCCGCCGGGAGAUCUUCCUUCACCUGCAGGACGAGUGAGUGGAGUCAGAGUAGCAGAGGGGGAGAGGGGAGGGGGUGAAAUAGGGCGACAGGAGCUUUGUAAGCAAGGUGUGACUACACACUCAUUAAUCCAGAAUGCGGCAGCUAGACUGGUGACUGGGAGCGGCUGCCAGGACCACAUAACACUGGUCCUAAAAGACCUACAUUGGCUCCCAGAACAUUUCCGAGCACAAUUCAAAGUGUUGGUGCUGACCUUUAAAGCCUUAAAUGGCCUCAAAGGCCCAGUAUAUCUGAAGGAGUGUCUCCACCCACAUCGUUCAGCCUGGACACAGAGAUCCAGCGCCGAGGUCCUUUUGGCGGUUCCCUCGCUGCGAGAAGUGAGGUUACAGGGAACCAGGCAGAGGGCCUUCUCUGUGGUGGCGCCCGCCCUGUGGAACGCCCUCCCAGCAGAUGUCAAGGAGAUAAGCAACUAUCUGACUUUUAGAAGACAUCUGAAGGCAGCCCUGUUUAGGGAAGUUUUUAAUGUUGGAUGUUUUAUGGUGUUUUUAUUACAGUGGUACCUCUGGAUGCGAACAGGAUCCGUUCCGGAGCCCCCUUCGCAUCCUGAAGCGAAUGCAACCCGCGUCUGUGCGUCUGCGCGUGCACAGCUCGCGAUUCGCUGCUUCUGCGCAUGCGUGUGACGUCAUUUUGAGCUUCUGCGCAAGCGGCGAAACCUGGAAGUAAUGCAUGCCGUUACUUCUGGGUCGCCGCAGAGCGCAACCCGAAAACACUCAACCUGAAGCAACUUCACCCUGAGGUAUGACUGUAUUCUGUUGGGAGACACCCAGAGUGGCUGGGGAAGCCCAGCCAGAUGGGCAGGGUAUAGAUAAAUUAUUGUUGUUAUUAUUAAUAUUAUUAUUACUAUUAUCUCCUCUGUGCCAGGACCCCAGAGGAGAUGCAAGGCAUCUGCAAGACUGAGCUGUCCUUCCUGGAAUCUUGCUUGCGGGUCAACCCCAAAUCCUAUGGGACAUGGCGCCACCGCUGCUGGGUGAUGGAGCACAUUCCGGAGCCGGAUUGGGCCCGUGAGCUGGAGCUGUGCAGCAAGUUCCUGGAGAGCGACGAACGCAACUGUAGGCCUUUUCCUUCCUCCUCACCCCAUUCUGUUUCUAACGCCAUAUAUCUGCCAUGGGUGCUUUAGCUGAGAUUCUCCAUUGCAGGGAGUCAGACUAGACGGCCUUAGGGGUCCUUCCCAUUUCUUACCAUCCCAUGAUGGCUCAUUCCUGCCCCUGACUUUCCACAGCCUGUAAAAGAAAACGAUUGUAAAAUUGCCUCCGAGUAACUCUUAAUACUUUUUGUCUGCCAAACGAAGCCAUUAUUCACCCUCAACGCCCUUUCUUAUUCAAUGGCUUCCAUCAUAACUAGGUUUAAGGUGCGAUUUAGCUCGUAGCUUUCUUUUUUUAUAUAAUAUUUCUUAUUAGUUUUUACAAAUAAUUUCCAAAAGUCAUAUAACAUACUUUCUUACCUUAUACAAUAUUUUGGACUUCCAUCAACCGCAUCUGAAGAGAUUUCCAUCUUUAUCACUUAAUCUACAUUUCUUAAUUUCUCUGUUACUUUUAAUUAUCCUUAACUAAUAGCUCUCUUCAUAAUCUUCUCUGCAAUAUUUCGCAUAAUCCUCCUUACAAAACUUCUUACAGUCCUACUAGCGUAAUCUGUUUGUUACAACUGCUUUUCAAAUAAUUCACAUAUUUACUCCAGUCCUCUGAGAAUCUCUGGUCCCGCAGGUUUCUGAUCCUUCCUGUCAUUUUAUCUUAAUUCUGCAUAGUCCAUUAAUUUCUUUUGCCAUUCUUCUUUCGUCGGUAAUUCUUCUUAUUUCCACAUCUAGCUCCUAGCUUUCACACCUCAGUUUCUCCCCCCCCCUUUUCUUUUGUUCUCCUUUAAUUAUUUUUAUUUUAUUUUAUUUUGACAAAGUAAUAACCAUAAAUAAAUAAGAAUAAAAACGUGCACCCCGCCACCGAGACAGUUCCAUUGUAACUAUCCAACCUCCCAGAAUUCCAAUGCCUCUUGCGAUGGUUUGACCCCUCUCCGUUUUAACAGUGCAAAUUCUACAAACACCCUCCAUACCUCCUCAAAAUCAUUUCUCCUGCAUAUUCCCUGUCUUACCUUAAUGGCACAUGUUAAUUUAUCAUUCAUAGCUACCGUAUUUUUCGCCCUAUAGGACGCACUUUUUCCCCUCCAAAAAUGAAGGGGAAAUGUGUGCGUCUAUGGCGAAUGCAACUACGCUGAAGCCUGGAGAGCAAGAGGCAUCGGUGCGCACCGACCCCUCUCGCUCUCCACGCUUCAGGAAGCUAUCCGCAAGCCUAGCGCGCCUGGCGGGAGGUCCCGCCGGGCGCGCGAGGCUUGGGGCGGCAGCCAGAAGCACGGGGCGCCCUCCGGAGGAUGCCCCGUGCUUCGGGGAGGUGUCUGCAAGCCUUGCGUGCAAGGCUUGGGGUGGCAGCCUGUUCUGGGGGCUGGGGUCGGGGGAAGCUCAGGCUUCCCCUGCCCCAGCCCCACAGCUGGGUGGGGGAAUAAUUUUUUUUUAUUCCUUUCCCCCCCCCAAAAAAAAACGACAUGCGUCCUAUGGGCCAGUGCGCCUUAUAGGGCGAAAAAUACGGUAUAUCCCACACCUCUUUAUACCAUUCUUCCAUUUUAUAUUCUGCUUGUCCCUUCCACUUCCUAGCUAUAAUAACUCGUGCAGCUGUCAUUUUCUAACACUGUCUUCCAUCCCACCAACAAUCGCCACGGCAGGAUGAGAGAGAGAUGAUGUUAAUUCCUUUACGCUGAUCACCUGCCCCCUUAAGAUGCUUGCACAGCUGAGAACAAGGUUGCCCGAGAGAGACUGCCUCAUAAUCCCUUAUAUACCCAGCCGGUCACACUGUUCUGCAGGAGAUUUUCCCUCUUAAAAGUCUCCACAAUGUCAAGUGCUUGCUCCCCAGUAACCCGGGAGCAGGGCUUUCGGUUCAGUGGAACAGUCCAAACAUGACACACCACCUGCCAGUGUGGUGUAGUGGUUAAGAGCGGUAGUCUUGCAAUCUGGGGAACCGGGUUCGCGUCUCUGCUCCUCCACCUGCAGCUGCUGGGUGACUUUGGGCUAGUCGUACUUCUCACAGAGUGUUUGUUGUGGGGGAGGAAGGAAAAGGAGAAUGUUAGCCGCUUUGAGACUCCUGAAGGGGAAUGAAAGGCGGGAUAUCAAAUCCAAACUCUUCUUCUUCUUCUUCUUCUUCUUCUUCUUCUUCUUCUUCUUCUUCUGGAGCAACUGAAUAUAUUUUAAGCCAGAGAAAAGCAUCUCUGCUUUUGCGUUCCUUUUGUGUUGCUCUUCAAUCUUGUGUGUUUUUUUUCCAAAAAUUUUUUAUUCGUUUUCCAAUUUAUAACAUACAAAAAAAUCAAAAACAAACAGACAAACAUUUUCUCCUUGCUAUAAUGAUUCCACUUUUGUUAACAUUGUUGAAUGACUUCCUCCAAACCCAUCUAGCUGAGUUUCCCUAUACUCCAUUGUAACAGUUUUCCGAAACUAUUUUCCCAUAAAAUUUACUUAGUCAAUCUUUCUUUCUUCUCGUUUUAACAUUAACAAUAGUAUUUUACAACAUCACGAAUUGAAAUCCUAGGCCUGUCUGGUACUCGCAAGGAAUUUUGUUUAUGUUAUCUUAACAUAUUUAGCUAAAUAAUCUUUAAAUUUCUUCCAAUCCUCUUGGUACUCCUCCUCCGACUGCUCACGGACUGUUCUUCAAUCUUGUUUGUGUGCUCUCGUUUUUCCAAAAACCGUAGCUGUCUCGAAGGGUGUGUCUCUAAAUCGCCUUGGGACGUAUAUUUAGCAGACUCUUCUCAUGCUCUUAAGAGUCCCAGGGUCUGUGUGAUCUGAUUACCAGCUAAUAAUAAUAAUAAUAAUAGUAAUUUAUGCCCCACCCAUCUGGCUGGGUUUCCCAAGCCAGAGUGCCUUUGGGGAGGAGGGUAAUUGGGCAGGCUGACCUUUGACCCUCCCGCCCCUCUUUCCCCUUUCUCUUUCCUGCCCCCUGCAGUUCACUGCUGGGACUACCGGCGCUUCGUGGUGCGGCAGUCGGAGGUCGCCCCCCAGGACGAGUUGGCCUUCAGCGACAGCCUCAUCACCCGGAACUUCUCCAACUACUCCUCCUGGCACUAUCGCAGCCACCUCCUCCCGCAGCUUUACCCCGAUGCCCAACAGCAAGGCCGGAUCACGGAGGAAAUCCUGCUGAAAGGUGGGCCUGGAAGGAAAUCACAAGCUCCUUAACCGGGCUGCGUGGAAGUGAUUCGGUGUUCCUCCUAUUGUCGGGUUGGCAUGGCAGGAGUCGGUGGGAGGAGUCCCCAUAGGGAGGCAUGCGGUUUGAAAAGCAAUUUUAUCCCGCUCUACAGCUGGAAAAAAAGGCUCCCAGAGUGUCUUGCACGAUAUUGGUGGUAAGUCCUGUUUGCAGUCUAAGAGACACCACACAAGAGGAAAAAGGAACUGGGAGGGAGGAGGAAAGAAAGCAAGCUUGGGCACUAGUUCCCACCAAAUUGUUGUUUUGUUGUUUAGUCGUUUAGUCGUGUCCGACUCUUCGUGACCCCCUGGACCAGAGCACGCCAGGCACUCCUGUCUUCCACUGCCUCCCGCAGUUUGGUCAGACUCAUGCUGGUAGCUUCGAGAACACUGUCUAACCAUCUCGUCCUCUGUCGUCCCCUUCUCCUUGCACCCUCCAUCUUUCCCAGCAUCAGGGUCUUUUCCUAGGAGUCUUCUCUUCCCAUGAGGUGGCCAAAGUCUUGGAGCCUCAGCUUCAGGAUCUGUCCUUCCAGUGAGCACUCAGGGCUGAUUUCCUUCAGAAUGGAGAGGUUUGAUCUUCUUGCAGUCCAUGGGACUCUCAAGAGUCUCCUCCAGCACCAGAAUUCAAAAGCAUCAAUUACCCCCAAAUAGAGAUCUUUAUUGAUUCUUGAUCAUGGGCUCCUAAACUGCUGUGUCACACUGGAUAAUAGCUGGGAUAGCUCAGUUGGUAUAGCAAGAGGCUGUUAAUCUCAGAGUCAUGGGUUUGAGCCCAAUUUGGGCAAAAUAUUCCAGUAUUGCCGGGGGUUGGACUAGAUGACCCUUGCGGCCCCUUUCCAACUCUACAAUUCUAUGACUGAAUGAAAGUUACAGUGCUGCUGGGAUCUUUGGAAAUGGAGAGAGAGGGAUUGAGAGGCUCUGAAUGGUGGUGGUGUUUUAUUUCAUUUAUUUAAUUCAUUAAUUUUUUAUACCACUUGACUGUAAAGCAAAAGCAAACUCAAAGCAGUUUACGCCAAUAAUAUAAAAAUGAAAUAAUCAGUUUAAAAUACCAGCAGUUGGAAGCAACUAUCUAAAACCUUCUAAAAAGCAACAACGUAAAAGCACAUGUCAGUGUUCUGUUCCAGUUGCUCUGUCCCAGCUCCUGCCAACCUAGCAGUUCGAAAGCACACCAGUGCAAGCAGAUAAAUAGGUACCACUGCAGCAGGAAGGUAAACGGCAUUUCCGUGCGCUCUGGUUUCCAUCGCAGUGUCCCGUUGCGCCAGAAGCGGUUUCGUCCUGCCGGCCACAUGACCCGGAAAGCUGUCUGUGGACAAAGGCCGGCUCCCUCGGCCUGAAAGCGAGAUGAGCACCACACCCCAUUGUCAAGUUUAACCAUCCAGGGGUCCUUUGCCUUUACCUGUUGUUGUUUUUUUAGACUGGAUAGGCUUAGCUAAACAAAAACAGGCUCCGAAAAGCCUACAGCAAAGGCACCUGCCUGAUGUCAGGCAGGGAGUUUCAAAGUUUGAGUUCUGCCUCCCAAUUUCUUACCAAUUUAUUGGUGCAGUCAUUGUGCAUGGCACUUCACAAAGGAGGCAAGUUCCCAUUCCGAGACAUUUGCAGUCUGAAAUAGGCCUUUUCUUCUGCCUCCGAUGUUUUUAACUGGCUAUUGAAAUUAAGACCUGCACGCAGAGCAGUCCCUCUGCCACUGAGCUACAUCCUCGGCUCAGAAUAUCAGCCUGCCUCGUCCACUGCUAAGCACUCCUUCUUCCUGGUUUCCCGGUAGGCCUCAUCCAGCAAGCGUCUUCUUUUUUUCUUUUUUAAUUUUUUUUUAAAAUUUUAUUAAUAUUUUUAUUAAGUACAAAUUAGAAAACAUACAUAUUCACAACAAAAGAAAAUACAAAAGAAAAAGAAAAUGCAUCCAACCAAGGGAAAAAAAUUAGAGAAUAUUUUGUCUCUUUUCAUAUUUACGGUUAUUUAUACCUCUAUAAAAUGCUAUUCACAAUAAAGCAGUGAAAUGAAAGAUAUCAGAAAAAAGAACAAAGAAAGAAUAAAGAAGUAAAAGAAAAAGAUCACCAGCAAGCCUCUUCUUAUGACAGCGGCAGCUUUCGGGCAGAGAUUUCUCUCUGGGGCUGAUGGGAGUUGUAGUCCUACGACGCCCAGAAGCCCGCCAGCUUGAGCAAACCUGCUUUGGGAGCGAGGGCAGGCAAGAUUCUUGGGCCCUGUUCCCAGUUUUGGAAGAGGAGGCUUUGAAAGCAGGUCUUUGAAAGCAGCCCUUUCAGCAAGGGCUCCAGAACUCUUCCCCCCCCAGCGCUGGCGGGGAGUGCGAGUCCAUGAAUCACAGCGGCCGUCCCCUCUUGACAGUCCUGGGCGCAUCGAAGGCGGUGCACGGCGAUGACUUCGGCAUGAGUAAAAAGUGUACACAGGGAUUCUUCCCCGGAGACCCAGCCCUCACCUGGGCAGGUGAAAUUCCAAGCGGAUCAGAUGGAGGCGUCACCCCUCUUUGCCACUCACGGCCUGAAGUCUCCCGCAGCCGCUUUUGUUUGGCCUGAGAGACAGGGCUGGGGCGUGGGAGCCUUGCCUGGAGCCAGCUCAGCCAAGAGAGAGACAGAGACGAGGGUGGGUAACUCCCUGCGGCUCACAAGGAAGGAUUCAGAAAUGGAGCAGUCACGAACAAGGGGCCACCUGGACAGAUGCAGAUCUCUAUGCUAGGUGUUUUUCUCCUAUCCUAGGCUAUCUCCUCUUCUUGCCUUUCAGGGUCAAAGGGCAACAAGCACAAGGCCCUGGCGAUGUAUUAAUACAUCACUCAGGACUGGUUUGAGGGCCAGAGCAAGGUGGCAGUAUAUCGCGAGUGUGGGACACGGGCGGCGCUGUGGUCUGAACCACUGAGCCUCUUGGGCUUGCCGAUCGGAAGGUCGGCAGUUCGAAUGCCCAUGACGGGGUGAGCUCCCGUUGCUGUGUCCCAGCUCCUGCCAACCUAGCAGUUCGAAAUCACAACAGCACAAGUAGAUAAAUAGGUACCGCCGAGGUGGGAAGGUAAACGUUGUUUCCGUGUGCUCUGGUUUCUGUCACGGUGUCCCGUUGCGCCAGAAGCGGUUUAGUGCUGCUGGCCACAUGACCCAGAAAGCUAUCUGGGGACAAACGCCGGCUCCCUCAGCCUGAAAGCGAGAUGAGCGCCGCAACCCCAUUGUCGCCUUUGACUGGACUUAACCAUCCAGGGGUCCUUUAGGUAAAGGUAAAGGGACCCCUGACCAUUACGUCCAGUUGUGGCCGACUCUGGGGUUGCGGCACUCAUCUCGCUUUAGGGAGCCGGCAUACAGCUUCCAGGUCAUGUGGCCAGCAUGACUAAGCCGCUUCUGGCGAACCAGAGCAGCGCACGGAAACGCCGUUUACCUUCCCGCCGGAGUGGUACCUAUUUAUCUACUUGCACUUUGACGUGCUUUCGAACUGCUAGGUUGGCAGGAGCAGGGACCGAGCAACGGCAGUUCACCCCGUUGCGGGGAUUCGAACCACCAAACUUCUGCUCGGCAAGUCCUAGGCUCUGUGGUUUAACCCACAGCGCCACCCGCUUCCCUCCUGGGGUCCUUUAUCUUUACCUAAUUAUAUCGCAAGUGAAACCUUCACCACCAGCCCCCGGUGUACCAAGUGAAAACCAACUGCAGUCUGCUUUUAAUUUAACAAUAACAACAAUUAGGAAGCCCCCAGCAUAACCUGCGGAGGCCAGAAAAAUUUGCUUGGGAAUGUCGCAGUUCAGGACAGGGGAUGAUCUGGUCCCAGAGGUGGACGUUAUCCAAAACCCGGUGUAGUGGUUAAGAGUUUCAAACUAGGAAUGGAAAGGCCCACAUUCAAAGCUCGCUGGAUGGCCUUGGGUCCCUCACUUUCAUCCUGACCUUCCUCACAGGUUUAUUGUGAGGUUGAAGCCAGGAAGAGGGGAGGACCCCACCUAUAGCCCUGAGGUACUUUUGAGAGACGGCAGGAUUAAAAUGCAAUUAUUCUUGACAAUCCCAUGCAGAGAGGCUGGCCUCUUUCCCAUGCAGUCUAGUCUCGAUUCUGCCCCUCCUCCUCUCGGCUGGUCUUUUGUGGUGCCUGCGGACCCACACACACCCUCCUUAAACGAAGGAUCAAGAAAUGAACAAAAGCCAAACCGCUGCAUCUUUGCGGUUUCCGCUUUGUCAUGGGCCAGCAAGAAAUUCUGGGUGGUUUCUACAACUUGGAAGUUUCAGUUUAUGAGGGAAGGCAAAUAAUCAGGCUGUUUUGGUAUGGGGCGGGACACGGGGGGAGGCAGAGGAGGCAGGCACAAACUUCCAACCCCAACAGGUGAACUUCACAAAGUCCUUGGAAAAGUCAGCUGUGUCUCAAGCAUUUUUAUGAGGUUUUUUAAAAUAAAAAUAAAAAUACUAAGUGGUAUAUAAUUGCUUUCAAGGUUGUUAGCCAUCAUAUACAAGGUGUGACCGGAAAGUUCGGUGAAUGGUCACAGAAAUCGGACAGUGAGAAAUAUUCGAACAUACAUGCCUUACAGGCCUUCAAAGUAGGCCUCCUCUGAUACAACGCAGCGUUGACAACGUUCGUAGAACUGUUUGAAACUUCUGGAGAAGUCCUCUUUUCGUACUGCUUUCAGUUCUCUCGUCACAGCAGCUUGGACGUGUGAAAUGUUGGGAAAUCUGUGCCCUUUCAGUGCAGAUUUCAGUUUUGGAAAAAUUAAGAAAUCCGGUGGGGCUAGAUGGGAGAAUAUGGAGGGUGGAACAACUCAGUAACCUCAGGAACAAUUUCACACGGAAUAUGCAAUUCUUCCGCCGUCGUUCGGAAGCACAAACGCCGAUCCCGCAUCAAUAAGUCACAAACUCUGUCAACAUUUGCCGCCCUUCACAGAAACAUUUAAACCACUCAUACAUUGUCUUUCGAGUUACAGCUUCGUCUCCCUGCACAAUUGUGAACAUUUUGUGGGUUUCUGAUGCCAAUUGUAUGUUCAGAUAUUUCUUGCUGUCCAAUUUCUGUGACCAUUCACCAAACUUUCCGGUAUUUAAAGCACGUCUUCCCCCACAAAGAAUUCUGGGAAGUGUAGUUUUCACACACCCAACAGAGCUGCAUUUCCCAGCCUUAACAAACUACAGUUCUCAGAAUUCAUUGGGUGGGUGCUUUAAAUGUAUGCUGUGUACACAGCCUUAAUUUUUAAGAAAAAAGAAAAACUCUCUUCAUCAAAUGGCAGUCCUUUCACAUCUCCUGUCAGAGAAGAUUUUUUUCAUUGUCUUUUAAUACACCAAAUUUUCCAGUAGAUAGGUUUCGUGUUGUUGUUUCUCAAGCUGCUCUUGAGCGUUACCUCCCGUUCUAUGUUGGAGAUUUAAUCCCAGGAUUAGUCUCCGGCGUACCUGAAACGUGAGUAAUAACUUUUGUAGAACAAGCAUGGAGCCAGCACUGUCUUCAUCAGGGGCUUUAAAAUAGAUAAAACUAUUUAUAUGCAGCUUGUGUACAAGAAAUGCAAUAUAGAAAAGGCAAACACAGGCGAAACUGUAAAACAAAGGCUGUAAAACUUAGGUUGAGAAAUGCUUGUUGGAAUAAAUAAAAAGUAUUCAGUAGGUUUGACAGGAAUCCAUGCAGCCAAGUCAUGGGACCACAAAAAGUGGCGCCCCCAGGCUUCUGGUUGCGCUCUGCCUUAAUGGAGGCAGCCCCCACAACAGUGGGAGAUGGUUGGCGGAGGAAAAACAAGGAUGAUUGAGGGUAAAUCAUCCUUGCAAAUCCCCUCCAGGGACGGGAGGAACAGACUUCCUUGGGUAAAAAAGGUAAAGGACCACUGGGCAGUUAAGUCCAGUCAAAGUCCAGUCAAAGGCGACUAUGGGGUUGUGGCGCUCAUCUUGCUUUCAGGCCGAGGGAGCCAGCAUUUGUCCACAGACAGCUUUCCGGGUCAUGUGGCCAGCAUGACUAAACCGCUUCUGGCGCAACAGGACACCAUGACGGAAACCAGAGCGCACAGAAGCACCGUUUACCUUCCCACUGCAGCAGUACCUAUUUACUCGCACUGGUGUGAUUUUGAACUGCUAGGUUGGCAGGAGCUGGGACAGAGCAAUGGGAGCUCACCCCGUCACGGGGAUUCGAACCGCCGACCUUCCGAUUGGCAAUCAAUACUAGAAACUUGAACCUGGACCCCGAUUUGGAGAUAUUGCUGUGGGGUCCACCACAUAAAAAUAGAAAUAAGCUCCAUUCUCCUCAAAAUAUAACUUCAAAAAGAACAAGUUGAGGUAAAACAACUCCAUUGUAGGUUACACAAACACUAAAAUAACCUUUGAAAUAUUCGCUAAGAUGAAAUGUAGGCUGCAGACGAAAGUGAAGAACGCUCUCCUGUAUUAUCCUCAGAGACCAAAUGCCCACCGAAAGUAAUCACCCUGUAAAUAAUAAUUAAUUAAUUAAUUAUACCCAGACACAUUUCAACAUGAACUCCACCUCAGUGGCCAACCUUUGUAAGGUUGUCAGCUUCUGUAUAAAAACUCGUAAUUCAAGUAGAUGUAAAAUGUAUCCAAAGUCAAGACCGUGAAAUCCUUUUUAGUUCUUAAUUCCUUAUCCAAAUAAGGACGGUAAUUGCUUUCAAAAUACCUUAGGAAACCAUAGGGUAGCCUGACUGCCUACAGAGUUAGCAGGAAGCUCAUCAUAAAACCAUGAGUCUCAAGCAGAGAAAUCAAAACCAUAAAGCUUCUUUAUGUCUUUAGUAGCCGCAGGCUUGAAAAAUGGCACCAUCUGAACCCUUGACAGUAAUGGCAGCUUGGAGGGGGUCGGAUCCUGAGCAGGGUUUGAAGGUGUUGGCUGGACACACCCACCCAGCACCCAGUUCUAGUUGCUGGCAGCAGAUGUAUCAAAUCCCCUCCAGUCUGACAGAUUCAGGGUCUCUCUAUCAUCUAUCUCCUCCUUUUCCUUUAUCCCCCUCUGAGGUAGGUUAGGCCGAAAGACUGCGACUGACCCAAAGUCUGUGGCCGAGCAAGGAUUGAGAAUUGUAGAGUUGGAAGGGACCAUGCGGGUCAUCUAGUCUGACCCCUCGCAAUGCAGGAACCUUCUUGCCCAGCGUGGGUCUCGAACUCACCACCCUGAGACUGAGAAUCCUGUUCUCUACCGACCGAGCUAUUCUGCAUAGUAUUUGAACCCACGCCUCUCAAAUCCAGCACUCUGAACCACUGCGCCACAGUGGAUUUGUACCAGUUUAAACCUUUCCGGCUCCCCAUCAAAUACGGUAGUUCUUGGAAUUGUAGUUUGAGUAAGAUGCUGGGCGUUUGCACAAGGAGAUCCUUAAUCUAAUCUCUCUCUCUCACACACACACACUGCAAAAAAUGGGACCAGAAUUCCCUGAAAAGAUGGAAUGUCUGCUAAACUGGCCAAAGUCCGUCAAGUUGGCACACACCAACCUGAAUGAUGUUGUUGAGUCGUUUAGUCGUGUCCGACUCUUCGUGAGCCCCUGGACCAGAGCACGCCAGGCACUCCUGUCUUCCACUGCCUCCCGCAGUUUGGUCAAACUCAUGCUGGUGGCUUCGAGAACACUGUCCCACCAUCUCGUCCUCCGUCCUCCCCUUCUCCUUGCACCCUCCAUCUUUCCCAACAUCAGGGUCUUUUCCAGGGAGUCUUCUCUUCUCAUGAGGUGGCCAAAGUCUUGGAGCCUCAGCUUCAGGAUCUGUCCUUCCAGUGAGCACUCAGGGCUGAUUUCCUUCAGAAUGGAGAGGUUUGAUCUUCUUGCAGUCCAUGGGACUCUCAAGAGUCUCCUCCAGCGCCAGAAUUCAAAAGCAUCCAUUCUUCGGCGAUCAACCUUCUUUAUGGUCCAGCUCUCACUUCCAUACAUCACGACUGGGAAAACCAUAGCUUUCACUAUAUGGACCUUUGUUGGCAAGGUGAUGCUUUUUAAGAUGCUGGACCUGAAUGUACUAUAUUGCAAUAUCGCUACUUCUUCAGUGGAGACCGAUUCGUUCCCCAGGGCCCUUGCUUCCCCCACUCUUUCCUUUCUCCUGACUUUUCUUUCUCCCUCCCAGAGCUGGAGCUGGUUCAGAACGCCUUCUUCACUGAUCCGAAUGACCAGAGCGCCUGGUUCUAUCAUCGCUGGCUCCUGGGGAGAGGUACGAAAGCGAUGCACGUUUCCUUGUCCCUGUUCCCCUUGCAGAGCUGCCCCACUGCAAGAAGUGAAAGAAAGUGGGAACCAGGGAGGCUCGCCUUGAACCAUCAUUGCUUAGUUUUAGUAAGGUGACUCGGAAACUACAAUUAAUCCAGAGUCCGGCAGCUAGACUGGUGACUGGGAGCGGCCGCCGAGACCACAUAACACCGGUCCUGAAAGACCUACAUUGGCUCCCAGUACGUUUCCAGGCACAAUUCAAAGUGUUGGUGCUGACUUUUAAAGUCCUAAAUGGGCCAGUAUACCUGAAGGAGCGUCUCCACCCCCAUCGUUCUGCCCGGACACUGAGGUCCAGCACCGAGGGUCUUCUGGCGGUUCCCUCCCUGCAAGAAGUGAGGUUACAGUGAACCAGGCAGAGGGCCUUCUCGGUGGUGGCACCUGCCCCGUGGAACACCCUCCCACUAGAUGUCAAGGAAAUAAACAACUCUUUGACUUUUAGAAGGCAUCUGAAGGCAGCCCUCUUUCAGGAAGCUUUUAAUGCUUGGUUUAUUUAUUUGUCUUUCCCUCUGUAUUUACACAACCAUUUACCAUGUUGCUGUUUAUGCACAUAUACUACGCAAGAAAAAGAAAAAUACAACAAAAAAUAAAGAAAAAAAGAGACAGUAGAGCUAAGAAAAGAUAAAAUAAGCUUCCGAUUGUUCUCAAAAACUGAAUCUCAUUUGUUAUUUUUUACACAGUGUCAUGAUACAGUGGUACCUCGGGUUACAUACACUUCAGGUUACAGACUCCACUAACCCAGAAAUAGUGCUUCAGGUUAAGAACUUUGCUUCAGGAUGAGAACAGAAAUCGGGCUCCGGCAGCACGGCAGCAGCAGGAGGCCCCAUUAGCUAAAGUGGUGCUUCAGGUUAAGAACAGUUUCAGGUUAAGAACGGACCUCCGGAAUGAAUUAAGUACUUAACCCGAGGUACCACUGUAUUGUACUUUGUUUCGUUAAUAUCCUUUGGGGGGGGGGGAGAAUUCUUUUGGUUUGUUGUCUAUACAUUACAAGAAUCUUUCAAGGUUUGCCAGGAGUUUUUUGGUCUCAUAGUAAUUUUUCAAAUAUUCUUUAAACACUAUCCAUUCUUUAUUCACCUUCUGCCCUGAGUCCCCUCUAACUCUCCCAGUCGUUCUUGCCAAUUGGAUGUCUCUCCUGUCGCCCCCACAGCUGACCCAGAACCGACAAUUCGCUGUGUCUACGUCAGCCGAGAGGACACCUCCUUAGCAGUUGCUUUCUCCCACCCCGUGGCAGUAAGUUUCGGGAGGACGGGAGGAAAUUGAGGCCCCGGUGCCACCCGCCUCGCAUCCUCGAGAGCCAAGGGUCUUCCUCAAUCUCUCUCUCUCUCUCUCUCUCUCUCUCUCUCUCUCUCUCUCGUUUUUUAGGUGGCACCAGCAUCUCACGACCUGAUUGUGUUUGGAGACGAAUCGCCUCUUGUUGUACGUUGGCGCACCCCUGAUAGGAGGAACAGGCCUGGGUUUAUGUGGGUAUCCUACAGACCCCCUGUGCGUGGGCUCAACAGCGAGAGUCAGGGGCCUGAAACAUCCUGAAGUGUACCUUCCACUUUGGGGGGGAACAGGCAAACGUGGAGAUUUGAAAAUGAGUUUUAUUUGACGCAGGUCAGCUCCCUUAACAAGCUACAGUUCCCAGAAUUCUUUGGGGGAAGCCAUGACAGUUUUAUUGUGUGUGUGUGUGUGUGUGUGUGUGUGUGUGUGUGUAAAUUUAUUUAUUUGGUUUUUCAAAUUAAAUUUUACAGUCACAUAUCCAGCUUACAACAUAGAAACAAGAUUCCAGGGAAUCUCCUCCCCUUUGUGGGUCCCAUUGCUAAUCAUUUCCUCCUACGUCUUUUACGAUAAUCCAAAUCUUCUACCUCUCCGUCGUGUCCAAAAUUCGCCGUUAAACUACAAGUGAUAUUCCAACGCUCCUAAGGAUUUUAACUGUUUGCAAUGGUUUUUAAGAGAAGUUAAUGAAUUUACCCCAUUCCUUAUUAAAAUUUUGGUCUUCCAAAAUUUGACAGCUUAAAAAGUGGUGUGUUGCUGCUUUCAGCGCAGAUUGGGCCCUGUUUGAUGCCAAGGUCAAAGCACUCUGUACGUGGUCAGAGACCCUGCGGCUUCGCAAUUUGGAGAUGAACCUGAGUAGUUAAAAGCAGGUUCUGAGGUCUGAGGAGGGUGAGAGCCGGGGCUGUUUUGAUGUGACGGAGGCAAUGGAAUAACCCGUCGGCUAAAUUUGAGGGAAGGGGCUUUGCGCUUGAUCCUGUGGGGUGAGGGGAAAGCAGCUGUUCUGCCAGUGGUUUCGGUUUUCCUUAAAUCACGGCGUCUCCCAGCUCUGCGACUUGCCAGCUUCCGCCCUGAAUGACCACUGGCCGCAGCACACCUUCCGGGUAUUAUGGGCCGAGGGCCAGUCCCAGAAGGAGUGUGUCCUUUUUAAAGGUAUGUAUGUAUUUAAAGGUAUGUAUGUAUUUCCUGCAAACCUAGCAGUUCAAAAGCACGUCAUGUGCAAGUAGAUCAAUAGGGACCACUCCGGCGGGAAGGUAAACGCCGUUUCCGUGUGCUGCUCUGGUUCGCCAGAAGCGGCUUAGUCAUUCUGGCCACAUGACCCGGAAGCUGUCUGCGGACAAACGCGGCUCCCUCGGCCUAUAGAGCGAGAUGAGUGCACAACCCCAGAGUCGGUCACGACUGGACCUAAUGGUCAGGGUUCCCUUUACCUUUUUUAAAAAAUGUAUUUACUUAGUAGACGUAUUUCACACUCUGCACCGUAAGUUCCCAGGGCUGUUUACAACCGCAAAGCAUUAUGGGUUGUGUCCAAUGCUAGUCUUGUUGAGAACCACCCUAAGGUCAGCAGAUGAAGGGCAGUAUACAGAUUGAUUGAUUGAUUGAUUGAUUGAUUGAAUAAAUAAAUAAAUAACUCAAGAGUAGACCUGCUGGAGCUACUCAGCGUAAUUGACAUUUAGCUGUGGUUGGGGGUUGGACUAGAUGACCAUGUGGGAACCCAACUCUACUAUUCUAUGAUUCUGUGACAGGACUAACACGUAUUAGACUGACACGCUUUAGAGCAGGGUGGUCCAAUCUGCGGCUCACGAGGCCUUUUUUGGCGCCCCUCUGCAGCAUUCAAGAAAAAAAGAGUUUAUAGCCUUAAUUUUUAUUUAUUUAUUUUUUUGCAUUGUGCGUUGCUUUUGAAAGCACAUAUAUUGGUUUGUGUAUUAAAUUUAUUUAAUGAUGAAAUAUAUUACAUUUAAUAACGGCAUGUUUUAUAUAUUUAAUCAAAUGUAUUGUGUAUAUUUAAUUUGAGACGUGGAAAUUUAGUUCAGUGUGUGUGUCCCUCGGGUUCUGUGUCAGAAGUGCUCUUGCGGCCCACUUAUGUCUGAGAAGUUGGAGCCCGCCCUGCCUUUUAAAAAAACAAAUAUUCAUUCACAUCCCUGGGUCUGAAUAGAACUAACACUGGGAAACAACCCACAGUUGGAGAACCAGAUUUAGGAAGAGGGGGAUACUUUUAACUGACUGAUUAAAGAGAUGCAAUUUCGGUGAAAUGUGUAGUUUGAAGAUGCCAGCUGCACCUGUCGGGAGAAGAGAUUUCCCAAUUUAGGGGGCCGACACAGAGAAUCCCAGGCUGCUGUGGGUGGCAGAACUAUUAAAAGGUAAAGGUAAAGGGACCCCUGACCGUUACGUCCAAUCGUGGCUGACUCUGGGGUUGCGGCGCUCAUCUCGCUUUCAGGCCGAGGGAGCCGGCGUACAGCUUCUGGGUCAUGUGCCCAGCAUGACUAAGCCGCUUCUGGCGAACCAGAGCAGCACAUGGAAACGCCGUUUACCUUCCCGCCAGAGCGGUACCUAUUUAUCUACUUGCACUUUGACGUGCUUUCGAACUGCUAGGUGGGCAGGAGCAGGGACCGAGCAACGGGAGCUCACCCCGUCGCGGGGAUUCGAACCGCCAACCUUCUGAUCGGCAAGCCCUAGGCUCAGUGGUUUAGACCACAGCGCCACCCGCGCAGAACUAUUACCCCAUUCUUAACCCCAGAGAAGAUCAACAGGAAUAGAGGUGGGCAUUUGGGGGGCAAGAACGGUUCAGGGCUUUAAGGAACGUCGGAAGUUGACUUUCUGCCGAAUCAGACCAUUGGUCUGUCUACCUCAGUAUUGUCUUCACUGACUGCCAGCAAUGGCUGUCCAGGAUCUGAGGCAGGAAUUUCUCCCAACCCUACCUGGAGAUGCCAGGAUUCGAACCUGGAACCAUCUGUUUGCAAGGGAGGGGCUCUACGACUGAACCACGAACCUUCUUGGGAGUCCCAGAGGGGCUGAGAGGGUCCCCCCUUUGUCUUCUUCUUCUCCUUUGGGGAUCACUUGUAGCUGAGUAAGAUUGUCUUCCAUAAACACAGUCUUAACAGUGAGUCCGUAAGUGACUGUGGAGGCCAAUUCUGGAUCCACGCAUCCUUCCACAGUGGGGACAUUGGUUUCCGGGUGGGAGUUGAUCACGGUGUGGAUUUGCCAAGCGAGCCUUCCUCCUAGCAUGUUUCUCCCUUGUGUCCUGAGUUCGAGUGUCUUCAAAGCUCACAACACCUUUGGUAAAGGCUAUUCUCCAAUUGGAGGGACGCGGGUGGCGCUGUGGGUUAAACCACAGAGCCUAGGGCUUGCCGAUCAGAAGGUUGGCGGUUCGAAUCACCGUGACGGCAUGAGCUGCCGUUGCUCGGUCCCUGCUCCUGCCAGUUCGAAAGCACGUCAAAGUGCAAGUAGAGAAAUAGGUACCGCUCCGGCGGGAAGGUAAACGGCGUUUCCGUGCGCUGCUCUGGUUCGCCAGAAGCGGCUUAGUCAUGCUGGCCACAUGACCUGGAAGCUGUACGCCGGCUCCCUCGGCCAAUAAAGCGAGAUGAGCACCGCAACCCCAGAGUCGUCCGCGACUGGACCUAAUGGUCAGGGGUCCCUUUACCUUUAUUCUCCAAUUGGAGCGCUCUCCCCAGGGACCCCCCUCUCAGGUGGGGGGUUUCCUGCCAGCGACCCCACUCGCUUCCCUUCCGCAGGGCCCCCCACACACUUCCUCACCUCCUCAAUUUAACCCCUUUCCCCCUCUCUGCCCCCCACAGGACACAGGGAUUGCUGGAGCCAAGAUUCAGUCACUGAGGAGCAAGUUUUCAGGUAAGUAGCCAGGGGGAGAGGACUGAAGCCAUGGGGCAAGAGGGGCUGGUUCAUAUGGACCUUUAAAGAACAUUUUUCCGGGAUCCAUCAUAUGUGGCAAUGAGCACCUCAUUGUUGACAUCUGUCCGUCUCAAGAGACAAUGGAGUCCGCCUCCCGGGGUGAAGUCAAACAGCUGUUUUAGCUGCACCAAAGUGAUCUCCCCAGGGCACAAGCCUGGGUGGUUUAUAUGGAGGUCUUGGGCUGCCUAGGCAACAAGACCAUAGCUGUCAACAUUUCCCUUUCUUUAAGGGAAAUUCCCUUAUAGGAAUCCUCUCAGGAAAAAGGAAAAGUUGAUAGCUUUGAACAAGACCCCCAUCUCAUUCUCACUAAUGUAGUCGAAACGGAAAGCAGAGCAAGACGUUUGGCGCCAGCCAGGGUGGAUUUGAUUUAAAUCAAAUCGAUUUAAAUCACUAGUCAGUAAGACUUGAUUUAAAUCUCUUUUUUUUACAGAAAGCCUCAUUCUUGCUGGUAUAAUCUUAAUAUGUUUAAGAUUAUACCAGCAUGAAUGAAUGAAACCAGAGGAAGGUUUCAUUUUUGGAAUAAUAAAUUUUCAGAGUAGUUUUUACAGUUAUAUCAAAAAUUACUGAUCUGGUUAUACUAUCAGAAAUACAUAGUCAGAUAAUUAUGAAAUUAUUGUGAGGUUUGAUUACCGGUAGUUGACUGUUUAUAUUUGGACAACUUUUCUGCUGAAUAUUAUUGGAAGGAGAAAAAUAGUCAUUCCUUAAUAACAAUUUAAACAAUUUAUUUAACUAAAGCAAUAACAUUAUAGCAUAUGUUUCCAUGUUUGUUAACUGAUGCGGUAAAACGUUUUCGUGUUUUGUUUUUUAAAAAAACUUAGACUGAGUUUUAGCACACAUGAAAAACUUAAAACAAAACCUUAUUUCCUGUUGAGUAGCCUUUGGACUAUAAUGUAACUUAAAUAGAAAACUACCUUUAGAAAGAUUUUUCCUCCAAAAGCAUUUUAUUUUUAAAAUCUGAUUCAAAUAAAAAAAAAUCCAUUUUUAAAAAAAAUCAUUGAUUUUUUAUCCACCCUGGCGGCAGCUUGGCUGCAGGAGUUGCCGGAAGGAAGCGUUCAAGGAGCCAUCCAACCAUCUUAUUAGAGACCCCGGUCUGGAUUUGUGUAGAGUUUGCUCCUAGAAUCAUAGAAUCAUAGAAUCAUAGAGUUGGAAGAGACCACAAGGGCCAUCGAGUCCAACCCCCUGCCAAGCAGGAAACACCAUCAGAGCACUCCUGACAUAUGGUUGUCAAGCCUCUGCUUAAAGACCUCCAAAGAAGGAGACUCCACCACACUCCUGGGCAGCAAAUUCCACUGUCGAACAGCUCUCACUGUCAGGAAGUUCUUCCUAAUGUUUAGGUGGAAUCUUCUUUCUUGUAGUUUGGAUCCAUUGCUCCGUGUCCGCUUCUCUGGAGCAGCAGAAAACAACCUUUCUCCCUCCUCUAUGUGACAUCCUUUUAUAUAUUUGAACAUGGCUAUCAUAUCACCCCUUAAUCCUGAACUUCUUCUCCUGAAGUUAUUCUGCAAGGCAGUGGAAGUUGAGGAUCAGAGCUUUCCUUCUCCUAGACGGGCUGCCUCGCCAGGUGGACGAGCCCCAUCUUGAUGAUGGCCACUUCCAUUUUCAAAAACAAGAACCAAGUCACAGCGGGCAGGGCAGGCCUUAAAAUGGCUCCUUGCCGCAAUAGCAAACCCUCCGUAUUCAGGUGAAAUUCCUGGAAAUGAGCCACAGGGUACACCUCUUUCAUUUUUAUAUUUAUGUCCCACCAAGGUAGCCAACUAUGGCGUCCUCUAGAAGUUUCUGGACUCCAGCUCCUAUCAUCCCUGAGUGUUGGCGAGGGUAGCCGGGGGGCUGAUGGGUUUUGGAGUCCCAGCAACAUCCGAAGGGGAACAUUACAAAUAGCCUCCAUUGCUCGUCCUCAAUUGGUGGGUCAGGACCUACUGCUGGGCCCGUGGCCUGAUCCAAGACGGGCCGCAACUGGAGCAAUAUUGCGACACAAAUAUACGCUAAAAGAUUAAGAAAUGGGUCCCCAAAUGCGUGGCUGGAUUAAAGCUGAGUCCUGGUCCUGAAAAGGUUGGAGGCUCCUGGACCAAAUGGUGCCCUGCCAAUGUUGUGGACUACAACUCCCAUGAUCCCUGAUCCCUGACCAUGCUGGCUGCUGGGAGUUGUAGUUCUUCAUAAUAAUAAUAAUAAUAAUAAUAAUAAUAAUAAUAAUAAUUUAUUAUUUAUACCCCGCCCAUGUGGCUGAGUUUCCCCAGCCACUCUGGGUGGCUCUCAAUCAAGUGUUAAAAACAGUACAGCGUUACAUAUUAAAAACUUCCCUGAACAGGGCUGCCUUCAGAUGUCUUCUGAAUGUCAGGUAGUUGUUUAUCUCUUUGACAUCUGAAGGGAGGGCGUUCCACAGGGUGGGCGCCACUACCAAGAAGGCCCUCUGUCUGGUUCCCUGUAGCCUCACUUCUCGCAAUGAGGGAACCGCCAGAAGGCCCUCGGCGCUGGAUCUGUGUCCGGGCUGAGUGUUCCAUAACAUCUGGAAGGCACCACUUUGGCUACCCUUUGUGUCUGCUGCUCUUCUCCCCUGACCCCAUUUUCCCCUCACAACAGCCCCGUAGGCUUAAUAAUAAUAAUAAUAAUAAUAAUAAUAAAUUAUUUAUAUCCCGCCCUCCCCAGCCAAAUCAAGGCUCAGAGUGGCUAACAACAAUAAGGUGGACCCCUGCAGACAUUUGGGGCAGCAGGGCUCUGCGGGUGUUUAGAUCUUCUUGGUUAUAUCUAGUCAUUGCUUAUCUUCUGUUUUCAUGGUGCCUUAUUGUAUAUAUUUACCACCACCUUGACAUUUUACGUGAGUAAAUAGAAAAGGGUGGGAGGAGACAUUGGUGAGUAUUGGGAGGCUAGGGGGCUGAGUUUGGGUUUGGGAGAUUCGGGCUGAAGCGGAACUCGGGACUCCAAGCCGCCCUUCUCCCCAGCCUCAGCCUUCCAUCCAUAAAAUGGGAAUAUCCGUGAUCAGCAUCCCAGAGUUGUGGGGAUGAGCAACCCAUAAAUUACAAAGCACUUUGCCAAUUAGGAGCGCUUGACAUAAACGGCGGUUAUUAUUAAUCAUAGCCCGGCUCCUAAUUCUGCCAAACCGUGUAGAUUAUGGCUCCGGGGUGGAGAUCCUGCUAGCAGGCCUGCUUUUAGCUAAUUUGGGGGAAAGGGAAAUUUUGUAAUUUUGUAAUAGAUCAAAUGCUGCGGUAGGAAGAAGUUGCAUGCCUUAAGGCUGCGCGUGGGACUUACUUCUGAGUAAGCCUGUCCGGGAGUCUGUUAUAAGACACUCUGGCAAACCAGCAAUCGCCUCGUGCAGCUGGGGUUGACCUGGGAACAUGACCAGAAAUGCCCUUUUCAACUGAGGCGAUAGGUUGCCAAGAGGGGAAGUGAUGUGGAAGACUCCUUCAAAACAGGGCCAUGCGGUCGGAUGGGGGAAGAAUGUUUCAUAAGCGCGACUCCAGGAAGUGGUGUGUUUCAGCUGACUCACCCAAGUGAAAGGGAGACACAGGUCUGGGGUUAACGGGGCUGUCAAAUGCGGUCGCUGCAAACAACCCUGCGUGUGACACCAUUGUCACACUGCGGUUUCGUCACGGUCGAGGCACCCUACGCCACCAAAGUCGUUGUGCCCUCCCUGAGGGUUCAAGAAAGGGAGAUCUGAGUCCUGGUACCCCAUAGCAGGGAUGGGGAGCCUGAAGAAUAAGCGCUGUGCCCUAUACCUCUUUGUUGUAGUUGUUUAGUCGUUUAGUCGUGUCCGACUCUUCGUGACCCCCUGGACCAGAGCACGCCAGGCACUCCUGUCUUCCACUGCCUCCCGCAGUUUGGUCAAACUCAUGCUAGUAGCUUCGAGAACACCAUCCAACCAUCUCGUCCUCCGUUGUCCCCUUCUCCUUGUGCCCUCCAUCUUUCCCAACAUCAGGGUCUUUUCCAGGGAGUCUUCUCUUCUCAUGAGGUGGCCAAAGUCUUGGAGCCUCAGCUUCAGGAUCUGUCCUUCCAGUGAGCACUCAGGGCUGAUUUCCUUCAGAAUGGACAAAGACAACAGGCCAACAUAUAUACCGUAUUUUUCGCUCUAUAGGACGCACUUUUUUCCCUUCAAAAAUGAAGGGAAAAUGUGUGUGCGUCCUAUGGAGCGAAGACGCCAUAGCCCCGCGACCCUCUCCCGGCUGGAGAGGUGACGCGCGGCUAUUGAGGCUCUUGCCAUAGCCGCCCGUCACCUCUCCAGCCGGGAGAGCGCGCGCGGGGCGAAAGCAGCCCCCCGUGACCCUCUCCCGGCUGGAGAGGUGACGCGCCAUAGCCGCCCGUCACCUCUCCAGCCGGGAGAGUGCGCGCGGGCGAAGCAGCCCCCGUGACCCUCUCCCGGCUGGAGAGGUGACGGGCGGCUAUUGAGGCUCUUGCCAUAGCCGCCCGUCACCUCUCCAGCCGGGAGACGCGCGCGGGCUAAAGCAGCCCCCGUGACCCUCUCCCGGCUGGAGAGGUGACGCGCCAUAGCCGCCCGUCACCUCUCCAGCCGGGAGAGCGCGCCGGGCGAAGCAGCCCCGCGACCCUCUCCCGGCUGGAGAGGUGACGCGCGGCUAUUGAGGCUCUUGCCAUAGCCGCCCGUCACCUCUCCAGCCGGGAGAGCGCGCGCGGGGCGAAAGCAGCCCCCAGCGACCCUCUCCCGGCUGGAGAGGUGACGGGCGGCUAUUGAGGCCCUUGCCAUAGCCGCCCGUCACCUCUCCAGCCGGGAGAGCGCGCCCGCGACCCUCACCCGGCGGGUGAGGUGUCGGGGGGCUAUGGCCGGAGCCUCUAUAGCCGCGUGUCACCUCUUCAGCCGAGAGAGCGCGCGGGGCUAAAGAAACCAUAGCCCCGCGACCCUCUCCCGGCUGGAGAGGUGACGCACGGCUAUGGCAGGAGCCUCUCCGCUGCGCCUUUCCGCUGCUCCCUGAACUGCUCUUUGGGGCUGGUGGUGGGCUUCCCCGCCAGCCCCAAAGAGCAGGUCGAAGGAACCUGAAGCCUGGAGAGCGCGAGGGGUCAGUGCACACCGACCCCUCUCGCUCUCCAGGCUUCCAAGGUAGCCGCCUGAACGCACCUUAAACGGCACCUUGUUUUAGAGCGGGAAAACAAGAGGGGGAAAGUUCUCCCCCUCUCUGCACAGCGCCUCCUGCCACUUCGCUGAAGGGGCGCUGGGCAGAGAGGGGAUAUUUUUUCUUGUUCUCCCCCCUCUAAAACAAAGUGCGUCCUAUUGUCCGGUGCGUCCUAUGGUGCGAAAAAUACGGUAAGAAACAUAAUACAACAUUAAACAUUUUUAAAAAGACUCCCCUACAUGGGAUUGCCUUCAGAUGGCUCAAGAGUUAGAUAACUCCAUAGCCUCCAAUGAAAAUAGAGACAUCCUAAGAAAAAGGGACGCAGGUGGCGCUGUGGGUUAAACCACAGAGCCCAGGACUUGCUGAGCAGAAGGUCGGCGGUUCGAAUCCCCGUGACAGGGUGAGCACCCAUUCCUCGGUCCCUGCUCCUGCCAACCUAGCAGUUUGAAAGCACGUUAAAAGUGCAAGUAGAUAAAUUGGUACCGCUCUGGCAGCGGGAAGGUAAACGGCGUUUCCGUGCACUGCUCUGGUUCGCCAGAAGCGGCUUAGUCAUGCUGGUCACAUGACCCAGAAGCUGUACACCAGCUCCCUCGGUCAGUAAAGCGAGAUGAGCACCACAACCCCAGAGUCGGCCACGACUGGACCUAAUGGUCAGGGGUCCCUUUACCUUUACCUUAAGGAAAAGCAAAACAUUCUGGUAUCAAAUCAGAAACAGGGAUGGCUUCCCUAAAUCAGGGACGUCCCUGGAAAAUAGGGACACUUGCACAAACCAGAAGUGGAGUCCCUAAGGGGGUUGGAUGGCUCCUUGUACACCUCCUUCCGGCAACUUCUGCAGCCAAACUGAUGCCAAAUGUCUUGCUCUGCUUUCCUUUGGACCACAUCAGCCAGGCCGAGAGGGGGGUGGUCUUGUAUCUGGGCAGCCCGGGACCUCCAAACACACUUGUGCCCCGGGGAGAUCACUUUGAGGUUGCUAAAGCAGCGGUUUGACUUCACCCCCAAAGGCACACUCCAUUGUCUCUCGGGACUCUCCUUCCUUGGAGGUUUUCAAGCAGAGUUUGGGAGGUCAUCUGUCAUGGAUGCUUUAGUUUCGAUUCCGGCUUUGCUGGGGCUUUGCUGGGGGUUCUACGAUUCUGCCCCAGCGGCUGCCUCCUUUCCUCUUUCUGAGAACUAGGAUCAGAGGCAGCGGAAUGAGCAGCACUAGUCAUGCCAGAAACUACAAGUAGUAGUGGUGAUUUUGGGUUUUCCUGCUGGCAAGGAGCUCUCUCUUAGUCGGAGAACUGUAGAGUUGGAAGGAGACACAAAGAAUGAUCUCAUUCAACCCCCUGCCAUGGCUUAUAGGCCUUCAUUCAGAGAUUGGUGGCUGAGGGGACACUGGUCUCUCUCUUUCUUUCUCUCUCUCACACACCUCUUUCAAGAGUUGGCCAUCUCCCUUGACCUCCCAGCUCCUCACUUUCCUUCUCCCGACCCAGGUGUGAGCUGUCCAUUGAGAAGUCCACAGUACUGCAGUCCGAACUUGAAUCCUGCAAGGAAUUGCAGGCCUUGGAACCGGAGAACAAGUGUAAGUCUCUGGGCUGCUCAUGCAUGUUCUCUACACCCUUAUUUGUGUCAUGCUCUGGUGGGGGGAGGGAUGUGGGUGGCGCUGUGGGUUAAACCACAGAGCCUAGGACUUGCCGAUCAGAAGGUCAGCGGUUCGAUUCCCUGCAACGGGGUGAGCUCCCAUUGCUUUGUCCCUUCUCCUGCCAACCUAGCAGUUCGAAAGCACGUCAAAGUGCAAGUAGAUAAAUAGGUACCGCUCCGGCGGGAAGGUAAGCGGCAUUUCCGUGCGCUGCUCUGGUUCGCCAGAAGCGGCUUAGUCAUGCUGGCCACGUGACCCAGAAGCUGUACGCCGGCUCCCUCGGCCAGUAAAGCAAGAUGAGCACUGCAACCCCAGAGUCGGCCACGACUGGACCUAAGGGUCAGGGGUCCUCUGGCGGGGGCGGGGGGGUGAGAACCAGGAUUUUGAGAUGCAUGUCCUUGGGCAACUGUUGCACUGCUGUGUCUAUAUUCUGCGACUACACUGAAUGCAUAUGCAGAAUUGGAACAGAAUUCAGCAUUCUAAGCCAUCAGUGACAUUAUGAGCUUUUAAAAAAGCAACAACAACAACCUUGUUUCUAGUCCUUAACAUUUGGAAGUGUCGGGCAACACCUGGCUGAAACCCCAGCAGCUGAAUUUGGGAACCAGUCAGGUAUAGUGGGGUGGAAAUCAUCCUAUGAUUAGCAAAUGCAUGGUAAUUCUUUAAAUGGGUUUUUUAAAAAAUAUAUUAUUGCUUUUGCCCCCUAACGCGUAUUGUUUUUGUUUGCCAUCCUCGGUUCCUUUGGGAGAACGGGCGCGGUGGAAAUUUAAUAAAUAAAUUAUGCAGAAUAAAUAAAUAAACAACAGUGAACGCAGGUCACAGAAUUCAGCUUUGCCUCAGCACAGAAUUUUUCUCUUCAGUUAAGGCGGGGAACCAGUUCCAAUUUUUCUUUUUUGUGCUCUCUCCCUCUCUCUCUAGGGUGCCUCUUGACCAUCAUCCUCCUCAUGAGGGCCUUAGACCCCUUGGUUUAUGAACACGAGACCCUCAGUUACUUUACGACCCUGAAGGUGAGCUGGGGGGGGGGAGCAGAGCGGAAUUAAUUCAGCUGCACCCCCGAUAUCCUGUACCCCUUCUACAUCAGCAGAGUCGGUUUGCAGAAGUGUUUGAAAAAUAACACUUAGGGGGGAAACACCCUGGCGUACUCACAGACUUAUUUAGAGUGGGGGGCGGAAGAUGGGUCCGGAAUGGAGUGUCCUUACAGAGGGCAUGGCUGGCUGGAACCCUGAACAGGCACACCCCAAUGAACCACACUGAGUCAAGUUGUUGCUGGUCCCACUUGUCCGCAUUUACUGCCCCCCACCUGCUGGUUGAAGGACGUGGGUGGUGCUGUGAGUUAAACCACAGAGCCUAGGACUUGCCAAUCAGAAGGUCGGCAGUUCAAAUCCCCACCACGGGGUGAGCUCCCGUUGCUCGGUCCCUGCUCCUGCCAACCUAGCAGUUCGAAAGCACGUCAAAGUGCAAGUAGAUAAAUAGGUACCGCUCUGGCGGGAAGGUAAACAGCGUUUCCGUGCGCUGCUCUGGUUCGCCAGAAGCGGCUUAGUCCUGCUGGCCACAUGACCCGGAAGCUGUAUGCCGGCUCCCUCGGCCAAUAAAGCAAGAUGAGUGCCGCAACCCCAGAGUCGUCCGCGACUGGACCUAAUGGUCAGGGGUCGCUUUACCUUAUAAAAUGAUAACUUAAUAAAAAGCACAUUUUUUUAAAAAAAGAGAAUGCCCGCUGACCUCUGCUUCCGUUCUCCUUUACUCACUUUCCCUCCCCAGGCAGCUGACCCCAUGCGCUCGGCCUACUUGGAUGACCUCCGCAGCAAAUUCCUGAUUGAAAACAGCAUCCUCAAGAUGGAAUACGCCGAGGCCCGCGUUGUGGACUUGUCCCAGAGGGUAGGAGGCCUGGGAGACUGGGGGCUGACAGACGGAAAGCAGAGGAUGAGGAAGGGACCAGGAAGGAGUCUGAGGAGGGGAGCGGAUUCUGUGUGAGUGCCAGGGAAUAGCCGGGAAGCGGGGAGAUUUGGGGCAAGUUCCUGGUACGUCCCAUUGUCAGGGACUAGUUGGACGCGGGAGGAACCAGCCAGGGAACCUCCAGGGGAAGACAGCCCAGAGCCCAGGGAUUGGUGGUGGGACAAUGAUGAGUGGACAGAGGAAGAAGAUUGGGAGGAGGAGAUGUUGGAAGCUGGGGAGGCAACAGGGUUUAGUGAGCGGGGAGAGUCUGUGGCAAAGAGGAGUCCAGAAUCGGAGGCAGAAGAUGAAGCAGGAGAGAGGAGGAAUGCAAAGGAGAGUCUGGCUGGUGAAGACUCGCGGGUGUCUCCCCCUCCUGCUGCAACAAGCUCCCGUCUUGCCUGGUCUCCCAGAACCAGAAGAGGCAUGAAAAGGGUGGUGGAGAGGUUAGCUGCAGGCAGGCAUAGUCUCAGAUUGCUUGGGGAAACCCUGGAGAGGAGGAGACCUUCAAUCUCAGCAACUGCUUCAUGGGGGCAAGACCUGCAUUGCAGUGCUCACUGGGCCUGACACUCCUGUGCAGAUCCUGUUUUUACUGAUAAAGAGUUAACUCCACUUACAGCGUGUGAUUUAUGGCUGGCUGGUUUCUCACACUCCUUGAGCCUGCCUGUUGGUUCCUCCAAGACUUUGAGUCACCCAGUGAGAUGGAUUAAGGGCAGGCAGGCAUCUGUUUGGCCACUGGGGGCGGACAGGUAAAGGGACCCCUGACCAUUAGGUCCAGUUGUGGCCAACUCUGGGGUUGCUCAUCUCGCUUUACUGGCCGAGGGAACCAGCGUACAGCUUCCGGGUCAUGUGGCCAGCAGGACUAAGCCGCUUCUAGCGAACCAGAGCAGCGCAUGGAAACGUCGUUUGCCUUCCCGCUGGAGUGGUACCUAUUUAUCUACUUGCACUUUGAGGUGCUUUCAAACUGCUAGGUUGGCAGGAGCAGGGACCGAGCAACGGGAGCUCACCCCGUCGCGGGGAUUCGAACCGCCAGCCUUCUGAUCAGCAAGUCCUAGGCUCUGUGGUUUAACCCGCGUCCCUUGGGGGCGGACGGGAUGUUGGACCAAAUCAGGCCACUGGCCUGAUCUAAGAGGCUCUUCUUAAAGAAACGUCCACCUUGAAUUGGCACAUAGUUCGGAUGCUCAGAUACGGAGUUCAGCAGAGCUCCUCUUCUCUAAGUGGCAAGAGAUCAUAGAGUUGACUCUGAGGUUAAGAGUAUUCUGCUUUACUCACUGAGCUAGGAGGCUCUGUAAGGCGGCAGAGGAGUAUUGCUGGUUGUGUGUGUGUGUGUUGAGAAUUAGCUCGGAUGUGUGAGGACUCCCCAUGAAUGUCCCUUCCACCACCACUACCACCCCUGUUUUAUUUCCGUCUCCCCAGGGCCUCACCAUUCUGUGCCACCUGGAACACCUGCUUCUGGUCACUCACAUGAACAUCUCGGACAACCUCCUCCGCUGUUUGCCCCCCACACUGGCCAUGAUGCGCUGCCUUGAGGUGAGGCUGCCCCACCCCCCAAGUGCCCAGGGACGGGUGCCCCUCUCUUAGGACCCCCGGCCUUCCUUAGAAGCCCUUUCUUCCCCCACAACCUUGGCUCAAUAACGCCUUCAGGCAGAGGGCACGCCGGGAGCGAAGCCUAGGGGAAGCCACAGCUAUUACACUGAACGGAAAGGGGGCAGAUUUUGGUGUCGCACAUGGCACCGCUGAAAUUUGAGACCCCCCAGGUCCACCGCUGCUUCAGGGCUCUUCUUCCGCUCUUAACGCCAGGCCAAGUGGGCCUCGGAUAUUACAGUGGUACCUCGGGUUACAGGCACUUCAGGUUACAGAUGCUUCAGGUUACAGACUCCGCUAACCCAGAAAUAGUACCUCGGGUUAAGAACUUUGCUUCAGGAUGAGAACAGAAAUCGUGCUGCGGCGGUGCGGCAGCAGCAGGAGGCCCCAUUAGCUAAAGUGGUGCUUCAGGUUAAGAACAGUUUCAGGUUAAGAAUGGACCUCCAGAACGAAUUAAGUACUUAACCUGAGGUACCACUGUAUUUAUGGGCCCCUGAAUAGUAAUUCAACUCAGUCUCACUCCAACGUCAGUCGAAUGCUAGCAUAGACAACGAACCUUUACUGUAUUUUUGAACAUAUAUCUAUCCCACUUUUCCAUCAAUUUUUGUUUUGAAUUGCCUCUGGGGGUAUUUUGUUAACUGCGCCAUUUCGGCAAAUUCUUGUAGCUUGUCAUGCCAGUCCGUUAUUGUCGGGGCUUCCUGUUCCUUCCACAGCCACAUUUCAAAGCGGGGUUGCGGGCUGACUUGCGGGGUGGGGACGCGGAUCGGGUUCCUGUUCCCUUGCUCCUCUUGACGCUCCUCCUCCUCUGUUUCGCCUCAGGUGCUGGAGGCUGACGACAACCAGAUCGAGACCCUGGAAGGCCUGCCCCCGCUCCCUCGCCUGGAGGAGCUCUCCCUCUGCAACAACCGUAUCCUUGGCGCUGUGCGGGUUCUGGGGCCCGUGGGGUUCGCUUGGGGUGGGGCAGGGAUGCUCUCUGGGAAAGGGGAACCCCUCUCCCCCCCUCUCUCUCUGAGAGCCAGUGUGGUGUAGUGGUUCAGAGCGGUGGACUUGUAAUCUGGUGAACCGGGUUCGAUUCCCCGCUCCUCCACACGCAGCUGCUGGGUGACCUUGGGCUAGUCACGCUUCUUUGAAGUCUCUCAGCCCCACUCAUCUCACAGAGUGUUUGUUGUGGGGGAGGAAGGGAAAGGAGAAUGUUAGCCGCUUUGAGACUCCUUCGGGUAGUGAUAAAGCGGGACACCAAAUCCAAACAGUUCUCCUUGACUCCGCUGCCCCUCGCUCAGGCAUCCAGCAACCUUCCGGCCUCCGCACCCUCGCCGCCUUCCCCAAACUCACCCACCUCAACCUGCAAGGCAACCCUCUCUGCCAACUCCCCGGCGUCCAGUCGGAGCUCGCCGCCUUGCUGCCAAAUGUGGGGACCAUCCUGACCUGA